AUGACAGUCCUAAACUCCAAGUUCGCCAGUGCUUCUUCCAAGCUUCCAGCACUUACCCUAUCCCCACUCCACUUUUUAUUGAAGUCUCAAUUCACCACACCACAACCAACCCCGAGCGACCUCGAUCUAUCAGGCCAAACAGCUAUUGUCACUGGUGCCAACAAUGGAAUCGGCUUCGCUUGCGCCCAACUUCUUCUCCAACGUGGGCUGAGUCACCUGAUUAUUGCUGUCCGCUCUGAGAGCAAAGGCCGUGAUGCUCUUGAGCAACUACGCCCGAUUGCUCCAGAUGCCAAGAUUGAAGUCUGGAAACUCGAUAUGGGGAGCUACAAUUCUAUCUCUGACUUUGUCAAGCGCUGCGAGACGCUUCCUCGUAUUGACUUGGCCAUCCUGAACGCUGGCAUGGGGAAUCAAUAUUUCAAAAUCAAUGAGUCUACGGGUCAUGAAGAAACCCUGCAGGUCAAUUUCCUGUCAACUAUGUACCUCUCCGUUCUUCUUCUCCCGAUACUCAAGGCCAAAGCAUCGCCGUCAAAGCCAGGAAGACUAAGCAUCGUCAACUCCGGCACAUCCAUGUUCUGCGAGUUGCCCGAAGCCAAGUCAGAUUCUUUAAUCGCGGCCCUCGACAAAGAAUCUAAUUACGAUGGAAUGGAUCGAUAUGGCAAAUCGAAACUGCUCGGCCAGCUUUUUGUGGACAGGCUAGCGCGGUACAUCGAUCCCAACGACGUCAUCAUCAACCUGGUUGAUCCUGGAUUAACAAAAGACACUGGCCUUGGGAAAGACGCGAAAGGCCUCGCCAGGAUUAUCAUGACCAUCUUCUCAAGAUUGAUCGGGCGAACUAAAGAGCAAGCAGCGUCAACGUACGUCGAUGCUGCGGUUCUCAAAGGUGAUGAGACACAUGGGUCUUAUGUCAUGGAUUGGCGGAUCUACCCCUUCGGCAAGUUUUACUACAGCGAGGAAUGUCGGGAUGUACAGGACCGAUUGUGGAAGGAGAUGAUGGAUGAGUUUGAGUUUGCGCACAUGGAGUGGAUUAUUCAUUCGAUGGUUAGAAGAGACUCGGAUUCAAGCUGA